AGGAAAAGGCAUUUUAUUUUCCAAACUCGGGCGGGACGGUUCAAACAGCGCGCCUCUUCGUGAGCGAUUUCAAAGAGUUUCACAUACCCAAAUCGAUCUGCUUUCCUGGCUGUCGGACGAGUUUUCGAAAAACUCGGGAAGGGAUUUGAGUUUGUGCUGAAUAGUGUGGAAUCGCAACGGAUCGGAAAAGUGCCCCGCCAAAUGCUCUAGUAACCGCCUUAGAGAGCAAGAAUUAAAAUCUUAACGACCCCGGAAUCAAAAUCGAAUUCGAAGCGCAGCGAAAGAAAGAAAUUUUCGUCUUCCUGAGGCCCGAAAACCAAAAAAAAACCAUCCACACAAAACAAAAGGCGAAUGAAAAGUGCGCAAAAAGAUAUAUGUAAUACGACGAUUGCCAGGAAGACACGGAAGCAAUAAAAAGUACGGCGAAAACGCAAUCGUUACAUAUUAUAUAUUCGCUCGGUUGGAAAGUUCUUCUUUUGUGCAGAAAAUCGACGACCACACAUCAAAAUAAAUUACUAGGAAAAAAAAUAACCACAGAAAAAUAACAACAACAGCAACAGCAUCCUCAAGAAUCUCGCUCGCUCUUUUCCUCUCUCUCUCUCUCUAUCACCCACUCUCUUCUCUUUCUCUUGACGAAGGCGGAGAAAGAAGCAAAGCGAAACAACAAAAUAAAAUAAUCUCUUUUCGCCGCCAAACAAUAAGGAAAAUCAUUAAUUUUCAGCGAGCGGGUUUCUGCGGCAUUUAUGCCCACUAAUUGACUCACAAAAUGGAUUACAAAUUCAUUGUUUUCAACGCGGCGAGGGACAACAAUUUGGCGCAAUUGAAGGCCACCCUAUACAACAAAAGCUCCGGCGAAGUGGGCAGCCUGAUCUCGGCGAAAGUGAACGGAGCCACCCCGCUGGUCAUCUCCUGCCGCAACGGACACUACGACAUUGUAGAAUAUCUAUUGACAAAGUGUCGGGCAAAUGUGGAGCAGGUGGGAUCGGUCAGUUUCGACGGUGAGCCCAUCGAGGAUGCCCCACCGCUGUGGUGCGCAGCGGCCGCCGGCCACCUGGGCAUCGUCAAGAUGCUGGUCCGCCGGGGGGCGAAUGUGAACAGCACCACCAGGACGAAUUCGACUCCGCUGAGAGCCGCCUGCUUCGACGGACACUACGAGAUCGUCAAAUACCUAGUGCACCACGGAGCGGACUUUGAGGUGGCGAACCGACAUGGCCACACCUGCCUGAUGAUCGCCUGCUACAAGGGCCACUUCCGCAUCGCCCAGUAUCUGCUCUCCCUGAACGCGGACGUCAACCGCUGCAGCGUGAAGGGCAACACGGCGCUCCACGACUGCGCCGAGUCGGGAUCCCUGCAGAUCCUACAGCUGCUGCUCAAACACGGCGCCACCAUGGACGUGGACUUCUACGGGAUGACGCCGCUGCUGGCGGCCAGUGUCACCGGUCACAUGCCCAUCGUAGAGCACCUUAUCACAUUGCCCUGCGUGAGCAGGGAGUCGAGGAUUCACGCUCUGGAACUGCUGGGAGCCACGUAUGUGGACCGAAAGAGGGACAUGGCAGCGGCACUUACUCUGUGGCGGCGAGCGCUGGAGGAACGGGCGCUGGAGCCACCGCUGGAGAAGAAGGUUCAGGAACCAGUGCCGGCCUACGAGAUGGUUCGCGAGGUGACCAGCGUGGAGGAGCUGGAGGAGAUGGUGUUGGAUCCCGACGAGAUGCGAAUGCAGGCUCUGGUCAUUAGGCAGCGCAUCCUGGGACCCACGCAUCCGGACACCAGCUACUACAUCCGAUUUAGGGGUGCCCACUAUGCGGACGCGGGUCGCUUUGACCGCUGCAUCGAACUCUGGUCCUACGCCCUGACCAUGCAGCAGAAGAUCCUGCAGCCUCUUAGCCCCAUGACGCAAUCCUCGCUGCUGUCCUUCGCCGAGCUCUUUAGCUUCAUGCUGGUGGAGGCGGGCCGUUUGUUGCCCAGAGGUCGAGUGGUUCCGCCGAUCGAGGCGGACGGCAUGCUGACCAUCUUCUAUAAGGCUGUCAAGGAGGUGGAGAGAGGUCAGGCCUUCACGCUGGAGCAGCAGAAGGACCAGCACCAACCGCAGAAGCAGCUGCCGGCAGCUGACAAAUCGCCAUCCUGCUCGGCUUCCUCAUCCUCAUCUUCCUCCUCCUCAACGACGCUGCUUUCGGCGCAUCAGCACGAUUGCAACCACGAUCCAAAUGCCCUGAGUCGCACCAUGAUAAGUGCCAUUCACAUAGGCUGUCUGCUGAGCUCCCUGCUGGACACAGACGCCCUCAAUCCGGAGAUGCGUCGCCAGGUGAUGGGAGCCCUUUACCGCCUGAAUCGCUUAAAGGUUCGCGUCCGAUUCGACCGGACUGCCCUGCACUACGCCUGCUAUCGGGAGGGCACGCUGGCCGGUCGCUAUCCCUCCUGCCAGUUCCCCUCUGUCACCCUGGCGAAGGCCCUGCUGGAGGUGGGAGCGGAUCCGAAUGCCAUCGAUGAGGCGGGCAACACACCUCUCCACCUGGCCACCAUGCAGCCCUAUGUGGAGCCACUGUCGCACAUCCUGCUAGAGGGCGGAGCGCAUUUGGACACCAAAAACUAUGCUGGCGAGACGUUUGAGAGCCUGCUAGCCCCCACGCCCAUGCAUAAGAUCAUCGACCCGAUGAAGUACACAACGCUGGCGUGCUUGGCAGCAAGGACGAUCAAGAAGCAUGACAUACGCUACGAGGGAACCGUGCCAGCCACCCUGUACGAGUUCAUCGAGCUGCACUAGAGACGAGGAUCGGGACGAGGACUGGACGAGAGUCAAGCACUCAAUUCACUCAAUCACUCACUCGAGCAAUCGAUCAAUCGAUCAACCGCCUGCCCGCCCGCCAUCCACAAAAGCAUCCAUUAAAUACUACUACUACUAUGACUACCGUCUAUUUAAUGUAUAUUUAGAGAUGGAGAGAGAGUUCGAAACUAUGCUGAAUGAAGGAAAUGUGAAAGUGAAAAUGGACGAGAUCGUUACUAACGACUGGAAACUGGAAACUGAUUUGUGAUGUUAGCAAGCGAAGUGCCUGAAUCGACGGAUCAGGACGAUAACUACAACUGACAACGAUAAACAAAACAGAAGCCAAUAGAAAAGAAAAUCAGGCAGACAACCGAAGCAACGCAAUGAAAAGUUCUAGAAGAGAUGAUUUGCUGUCUUUGAAUUUUGCUUGCGAAAUGUGUUGAAACUUUCUUUUUUUAUUAUGUGUUCUUGCUACUCUAUUUUGUAUGACUUAUGAUUAAAAUAAUAUUGUAUGUACUUUUACUAUAAAUAUGACCAAAAGCCUGGGCAUGAUUGAGCGGCUUAAUUUUAAUUAUCUGGCACAUAGCCGGUGACUCCUCAACGCUGCUUCAAUCAGGCCCAAGCCACGGAAAAUCCAAAAACCACAAUACCUAUAAAAAAAAACAAAAAAAAAAAA